UGGUCGCGCUUCGGGGCUCUGUGGGUGGAAGGCGGCUGCGGGUGGUGUCUGGGAGCGAGAGCGCGGCGCUAGAAUGAACGCCCCUCCAGCUUUCGAGUCGUUCUUGCUCUUCGAAGGCGAGAAGAAAAUCACCAUUAACAAGGACACCAAGGUGCCCAACGCCUGCUUGUUCACCAUCAACAAAGAAGACCACACUCUGGGGAACAUCAUUAAAUCCCAGCUGUUGAAGGACCCACAGGUGCUGUUUGCUGGCUACAAAGUCCCGCACCCCUUGGAGCACAAGAUCAUCAUCCGUGUGCAGACCACCCCAGACUACAGUCCCCAGGAGGCUUUCACCAACGCCAUCACAGACCUCAUCAGCGAGCUCUCCCUUCUAGAGGAGCGAUUCCGGGUGGCCAUCAAGGACAAGCAAGAAGGAAUUGAGUAGCAGCUGAAAGCAGUGUCGCUUAGUGGCCGUAAGGCUGGUGCAUACAUCCUCAGGGCCCUUCUCAGUUCACUGCGAUGGUGACAGCCACUUUCAGCUCUCUAGCUGGGCACAGGACACUGUCCCAUUCUGUACAGACUGUUUUCCUAAUAAAGUAGAACAGAAGAAGGGA